CCAUGUUGUGGACUGAUGCUUUAUUUUUACAGAGUAUUAAACGUAUGUCGACACUGGGUAGAGCACCACUUCUAUGACUUUGAAAGAGAUGCUGAUCUUCUGCAACGUUUGGAGGAAUUCAUUGGAACAGUACGAGGCAAAGCAAUGAAGAAAUGGGUUGAAUCGAUCACAAAGAUAAUCAACCGGAAGAAGCAGGCACAAGCCAUUGGGCCAAGUCACAACAUUACUUUUGAAAGCCCACCUCCAGCGAUUGAAUGGCACAUAAGCAAACCAGGACACACAGAGACUUUUGACUUGCUCACUUUGCAUCCAAUAGAAAUUGCUCGGCAGCUCACUUUACUUGAGUCAGAUUUUUACAGAGCUGUGCAGCCAUCUGAACUAGUUGGAAGUGUGUGGACGAAGGAAGAUAAAGAAAUUAAUUCUCCCAAUCUUCUCAAAAUGAUAAGGCAUACAACUAAUCUUACUUUGUGGUUUGAAAAAUGCAUUGUAGAAACAGAAAACCUAGAGGAAAGAGUAAUUGUAGUGAGCCGAAUAAUUGAAAUCCUGCAAGUUUUUCAAGAGCUAAACAACUUCAAUGGCGUCCUUGAGAUUGUCAGUGCCAUGAACUCUGCAGCAGUGUAUAGGUUGGAUCACACAUUUGAGCAAAUUCCCAGUCGUCAGAAGAAGAUUUUAGAAGAAGCUUACGAACUGAGUGAGGAUCACUAUAAGAAAUACUUGGCAAAACUCAGGUCCAUUAAUCCUCCUUGUGUGCCUUUUUUUGGAAUUUACUUAACUAACAUUUUAAAGACAGAAGAAGGCAAUCCUGAAUUUCUAAAGCGGCAUGGAAAAGAACUCAUAAAUUUCAGCAAGAGAAGAAAAGUAGCUGAAAUAACUGGAGAGAUACAGCAGUACCAGAACCAGCCAUAUUGUUUAAGAGUAGAAUUUGACAUUAGGAGAUUUUUUGAAAACCUGAAUCCGAUGGGAAGCAGCAUGGAGACAGAAUUUACAGAUUAUCUGUUCAACAAGUCGCUAGAGAUAGAGCCGAGAAAUGUGAAGCCUCCACCAAGAUUUCCCAAAAAGUACAACUAUCCUCUCAAGUCCCCAGGUGUUCGGCCAUCUAAUCCAAGGCCAGGUACCAUGAGACACCCUACACCCCUGCAACAGGAACCAAGAAAAAUUAGUUACAGCCGCAUCCCAGAGAGUGAGACAGAAACUACAGCAUCUGCACCAAACUCUCCACGAACGCCUUUGACCCCGCCCCCUGCUUCUGCUACUUCAAGUACUACGGAUGCCUGCAGUGUAUUUGACUCAGAUCCUUCAAGUCCUUUUCAUGCAAGAUCUGCUUCUGUGUCAUCCAUAAGCUUUACCAAAACUUCAGAUGAAGCUCACGUUCCCCCACCAGUUCCUCCACGAAGAAGACCAGAAUCUGCCCCAGCUGAAUCCUCCCCAUCAAAAAUUACUUCUGCGCACCUGGACAGCCCGCCAGCAAUCCCUCCUAGGCAACCAACCUCUAAAGUGUAUUCACCAAGGUACUCGGUGCCUGACCGGACCUGCAUCUCUGACCCCCCUGAAAGCCCUCCUGUGUUACCACCACGAGAACCUGUGCGAACUCCAGAUGUUUUCUCUAGCUCACCACUACACCUCCAGCCUCCACCACUGGGGAGAAAAAGCGAACUUGGUAACACCUUUUUCCCAAACAGUCCCUCUCCAUUUACUCCCCCUCCCCCUCAGACACCUUCUCCACAUGUAGCACGGAGGCAUCUUCCAUCACCACCAUUGAUACAACAAGAUGUGGACCUCCAUUCUGUCGCUGGACCACCUGUUCCUCCACGACAAAGCACUUCUCAACAUAUCCCAAAGCUUCCUCCAAAAACUUACAAAAGGGAGCACACACACCCAUCGAUGCAUCGAGACGGACCGCCCUUGCUUCAGAAUGCCCACUCCUCCUGAACUGUCCCCUGCGCUGGGAGUUGCGUUUUCCUGGUGCUACGUCUGUUGCUGGCAAUGGAUGCACUGAACCUGGUGGUGCCAAGGAGUUGGGAUGUGUAUAUGCCAAACACUAAAGACUCUCCAGUAAAUUGGAAAUGCAGUGUACAGAAACGGAAUUGCAAAAACAGACAUUCGAGUGGAAGAACUGGUUAACUCGCUGUUCUUGUUCUAGUAUGCCAGUCAUUGUUCUAAGAUAAUUGGACAACUGAUUGUACCAGAAAACAGACUUGAGGGACUUCUUUGGCCAAUGAGCAGAGACUGUAUUUGUGUAAUGAUCUGUAAUGUCCAGUACAGGAAGGAAAACAGCCUUGUAUCCAUCGGUUCCAUACAGUGGCACAGUUUUUGGAAUGAGAACAUUAUGCACUUUUUUUAAAUCUCAAACAGGGAACUUUGUAUCCUUCUUAAUUUUCUUUUGCUUUACUCCCUGCUUUAAAAUACUUUCCUAAAAUUGUGAGAAGGACUGUGAGGAAGAUCUGUGGUACCUAACUGAGUUAGACUUUAAGGCGUAGCACUGUAUUGCGGUCCUGUUUACAAGUUGUUACGAUGAGUAGUAGGGGGUACCUAGGCUUCACCAAAGAGGUACUUUAUUAUUAUUUUCUGAAAUAUUGUGGUGCCAGUUCGAAAAUAAAUUUUUGCCAGAAAGCAUAAUGUCUAAUUACUGCUUUCUUUAGGUAGAGCAGAUGAAAGUCUUACAUCAUUACAGUGACAGCAAAUUGUCUUUAAAAGGCAGCACUAUCAUCUGAAAUAAAUAUACUACUACAUUUAGAAGACUGUUAAUUUCUGCUAGGUUAUGUCACAUUCUUUUUAAGGUUUACUGAUAAUCCAUUUCAUGGCUAGUAGCUAUUUUUUUGGUCAUGCCAUGAAAAGAGUCACUUGUGAAAAAGAGCACUCACUGGCCAACUUCCAUAGCUAUUGUCAUAUUUUACUAACAAUAGAUUAAUCAGCAUACAUAGAAUUGCCUUGCAGUUGCAUAAAUCAUGUGUAUAUAGUGAAUGUUGCAUAAAUAUACUUGCAGAUUGUUUUUAAUUUAAUUGAAAUAAAGAUACAAAUAUGUUUGGCUGA